GCGAAGGGAGUUCGUCUCGCGGUCUCGUGCCCUGCUCGCCGCACCACAUUGCUUACAAUCGUUUAUUUUGGGAUUUCAGUUUUGUUAAUCGUUUUCGGAUGAUCUUGUUUGACGUUACAUAAAGAUUUGGCAUUCGACUGUGACUUUGGAGCACCCACCAUGCCAUGUGUUGACUGCGACAUGUGGGAUAUAUUAGAUUUUUAAUGUUGAGUUAAUUUUUACUGCAGUGGAGUAAUUUUUUUAGAAAUAGUAGAUAGUUUUAACAAUUUUUGUAACUUAAAUGAUAUACGAAAGGAUCAAAGGAGUAUUUUUAGUGUUGUGUCAUUGUGAAGUAAGGUUGAAGUUGAGGAUUCCUCUGUGCGUGGUGUGAUUACGAUGUCGUUACCCGAUGGAUGCUGAGGGUCGGCUGGUAUUCUGGAAGAGUGGGUUGUGGGAGGGCGGUGCGCCCACGCUCACCUGCAACACCUGCAAGAAGCGCCGUGCAGACAGGAUGACCGCCAACGAACGCAUGCUCCCGCAAGGUGAAUUGAAGAAGUUAUCAGAAGAGAGUCUAACGCGGCAGCCGGAGGAGGUGUUCGACAUCAUCUGCAAGCUUGGCGAAGGAUCCUAUGGCAGCGUUUAUAAAGCGUUGCACAAGGAGAGCGGUCAGGUGCUGGCCAUCAAGCAGGUGCCGGUGGACACGGACCUGCAGGAGAUCAUCAAGGAGAUCUCUAUUAUGCAGCAGUGCGAUAGUCCCUACGUCGUCAAGUACUACGGCAGUUAUUUCAAGAACACAGACCUAUGGAUUGUAAUGGAAUACUGUGGCGCAGGCUCGGUGUCGGACAUAAUGCGGCUGCGCAAGAAGACGCUCUCGGAGGACGAGAUCGCGACCAUCCUCAUCGACACGCUGAAGGGGCUGGAGUACCUGCACCGUAUAAACGCGUUGCCCCUCGAGGGCUGUGGGAAGUGGUGCAGUAACGCGGGGUGUGGUGUGCAGCUGGCGUACCUGUCGGAGGGCGAGCUGGAGGCGCGCAUGGCGCGGCUGGACGCGGAGAUGGAGGCGGAGAUCGAGCAGCUGCGCGCGCGCUACGACCGCAAGCGCCGCCCCAUACUCGACGCCAUACACCUCAAGCGCAAGCGACAGCAGAACUUCUAG